AAUUUUAACCCUUGAAAGAUAUAUAUAAAGAAACAUGCGAUUUCCUUCAAUAUAACCCAAACUUUAAAAGUAUGAAGACCUCAAAAGCGAAAAUACGAAUAAACAAACCAGAAUAAAGCAAAAGCAACCCGGAGAGAGAGGAAAGAAGCGGAGAAAAAGAGAAUUAAAGAUUGCUCGUCCAGGCAGGGUGGCAACAACCACGCUCGCCUCACGCUGCAGCAUCAGAGCGAAUAAUACCUUUCUCUCCCUCUGUCAUUUCCCCCCCUUUUUUUUAUUUAAUGAUCACUGGCAUUACCAUUUCUCAUUACUCCCCGAAUUAUUCGAGAUGGCGGUCGAUAUAUUGCAUACAAGGAAUUUCUUCCUGAGGUGUAUGUGUGGGAUUUAUAUGUUUGCAUUUGGAUCUCUUUACUUACAAAUACCAGGUCUAUAUGGCGAGAAGGGGGUUCUACCUGCUCACACACAGCUUCCAAAUCUGAAGUAUCCUAAACAAUGUUUUAUGGACAAGUUAACAUUUUUGUGCUUUUCAUCCUAUUUUGGCCUAAAUGUGUCAUAUAUGAUGGAGUUUAUUUCACUGGCAGGGACAGUCCUUAGUUUCAUUGGAAUGGUUUGGAAAUCAUGGUGUACGGCAACCCUUUUCCUGUUACUUUGGAGUUCAUAUCUGUCUCUGUAUCAGGUCGGACAGACUUUUUUGUGGUUUCAGUGGGAUAUUCUCCUUUUGGAAGUUGGGUUCCUUACCAUACUUGUGGCACCAGUAAGUCGUCGAGGUUGGUUUGAGUAUCGCCCUAGAAACCUAGUCACCAUGUGGCUUAUACGCUGGGUACUCUUCAGACUUAUGUUUGCCUCAGGUGUUGUUAAACUUCAGAGUGGCUGUCCUACAUGGUGGGGAUUAACAGCUCUGAAUGUUCAUUAUGAAUCUCAAUGUAUUCCUACCACACUGGCCUGGUACUUCCAUCAGCUGCCAGGUUGGUGGCACAAACUUUGUGUGGUUGCCACAUUUGUUAUUGAAAUACCAGUGCCAUUCAUGUUCUUCAGUCCAGUACGAUCACAUCGAAUAUUCAGUUGCUAUGCACAAAUGCUGCUUCAAAUAAUGAUUAUCCUUACUGGAAACUACAACUUCUUCAACUUGGUGACUCUUACACUAUGUCUUUCCCUCAUGGAUGAUGUACACCUUGGAUACCAAUUUGCAUUCACACGAGAAGAGUUUGAUGCUUGGAUGUCAAGAGCCGUUCCCCUGAGUAUUGCCAUCGGUGCGUUCUCACUCGUAAUUACAAUAGCAGAAGCACUGACUUCAGCAUUGUUUGAAGUUCGGGGCUUUCUUGAUAAGUUUGGCGUUUUCAGCACCACUUUUAUUUAUUCAGUCGCAGCAAUCUGCAUGUUUGGGAUAAGUCUGGUUCCAUAUACUGUGUUGGACAGACCAACCAGUCAACGAGUGUGGCCAGUUUUUCAGCACUUGUAUGGCCAUACUUCAGACUUCCACCUAACAUCUGCUUAUGGAUUGUUCCGCCGAAUGACUGGUGUGGAAGGCAGGCCAGAAGUCAUACUUGAAGGUUCCAAUAGUUUGGAUGGUCCGUGGAUUGAAUAUGAAUUCCCUUACAAACCAGGACAUGUAGAGAGACCACCUCCUGUUGUUGCCCCUCAUCAGCCACGUGUUGACUGGCAGCUUUGGUUUGCUGCUCUGGGUACCUAUAACCAGAACCCUUGGCUGAUUUCCCUUGCUCACCGCCUCUUAUCUGGCCAGCCAGAAGUCAUUGCAUUACUGGACACAUCAUCUCCAUGGAGAGAUAAUGCACCAAAGUAUAUCAGAGCUUCUAAGUAUACAUACCAGUACACCAGUAUAAAAGAAGGGGCAUCUGGUAGUUGGUGGAAAAGAACUUAUGAAGGUGACUAUCUUCCAAUCUUCACAGUUGACCAUGCACCAUUAGUCGAGUACCUGAGGAAAAUUGGUACAAUCGGUACAAUGGACAUUCCAGCUACCAACCAACCUUUGCAACAUGGAUUAGAUGCAAUCCGGGGUUGGAUUAAUAUUGCUAGUCCUGAAGUACUCCUUUGGAGUUUGUUCAUAACUGCAUGUGUGAUUACAUGGACCAAAAGGGGAGUUAAACCCUCCAUGUCGUACCGGUCAGCUAAGCAUACAGGAGGAAGGCUCUGAUGAUUGUGAUUUCUUCCUUAUGUAGAGGAUAACAAAAAAAAAUCAGAAACACGGUGAAAAUGUUUCAAUGAGAGUGAAGUGUUGAGACAACAUAUAUCCCAAGUACUGUACUGUUAGCAAAUUAUGUAGAACAACUCUGUUUCAUAAGCAAUAUUACAGGAGAAUUUUAUUAAUGGGAAUAAAUUUGAAUAGUUUAUUGUUCAUUCAGAAUUUUACUUGAUAGAAAUUGUUAAGUUUUAUUCUAUUUUUUCCAAAGAUUGAAAAGAUUUGAGAGGAGUGGUUACAAAUGAUUGCACUGUUAGGAAAUCCAUGACUGUGAUUGAUAUUUCACAAAGAAAAUCAUGUGAGAAAAUGUUCGUGGUACUUCAAUGCGUGAGAAUUUUAAACAUAGCUAUUUUAAAGUACCAGGAAUUUUGUCAGUGAUUGGCACUGUUGUGUAUGAAGGAUUUGUAUUAAGAUUGUAUGUCAUUCUUUAUAGAUAAGAUACUUUUAGCUACAGUCUUAUAGCUAUAUUGCAAACAAUACAGUACUUGUUUUCCAUCUCACAGAAGCCCAGUUUUAAACAGAGAUCAAGAGUUCAUGAGUGAUAUGUGUAAUCACUCUUUUCAUAUAUAUGUGGUGUGGCUUUGUAACAGUGGCCUGUAAUGGGUCACCCCUGUAUGAAUUCUGUCCAAGGUGUAAAAUUUGCACAGCCAAGUAAAGAAGACAUAUACUAUGUUACACUGAGUUUUUUUUCUUUUACAUAGCUCAUAUCUAGGUAUUAUAGCACUUAAAAAACAGUACAAGGGAAGUUUUAAAAAUAUGAUAAGGCCCUUAUUUUUCCAUUCAUAAUUAUAUUGCAUGUAAUUGAUAUAGUGUUUGUUAACAAUUUCUUUCUGCUCUUUCUUAUUGCAAAGCUUGGUACAAAUUUUGCUUUAUUGGUAAUUGGUUUCCAUACUUUUAUUAGUAGAAUAUAAUUUUUUCUCAAGUAUAUUCAUUUCAGUUUUCAUUACUUUAUCUUCAGCUGAGUGCCAUCUUUUUAUUAAAAUAAUAUUCAUUACCUCUACAUGCAAUCCAGACCCUUCUUGGAAUCAGACUACUAACUGAUGUCUAGUUAAGAUUUUGGUCACCCUCAGAAUUUCUCUGUUGAGGAUUGGUGACCUUUGGAGAGUUUUCUGUUAUGGGACAGUGUAGGCAAGGUAUAUUUAUAUAUCUGUGUUUUGUUUGAUCUUACUCUGUUUAAAAGUCAUGUCACCACAUCAAAGAAUCUACAGCAUAUAAAUGCCAAGCCAUUUGUAAACAUGGUUUGCUUAUUAUUCAUUAAAUAUCAGGGUUACUUAUAAUGACUCUAUCAGUGCAUAAUAAAGGGGGUUAAAUCCCAGAUGUGACAGUAGUAAAAUAAAUGGCCAGAGUGUUUACUUUACUGAAAAUCAGUGAUUUAUUUAGUAUUUUUUUAUCUCUUGCAUUAGCUAUAAGUAAAUACCAUAUGAAGAGUGCUGAAAUAUUUAUUUGUGAGUGAAAUUUAUGUCCUAUAGUUGUAUUUGAUUAUUUUCUUCAGCUUCAGAUAUAAGAGAUAAUUAUGCAACAGUAAUUUAUUGCUAAAAAAUCUUCCGUUUUGUUAUAUUAUAACAGUCUUGCCACUCAUACUUUUUGGUUGUUGUGAAAUAUAGGAAGAUUUUUUGCCAUCUGAUAGGUAAAAGGAAUUAUCCAGUAAGGUAGUUCGGAUUCUGCUCUAAAGAUGAGGAUGUUUGCAUAGAGACAUUAACACAAUCAUUUUGUAUCAUUGUGGUUACAAAUUACCAUUCUCUGACAGUGAUGCACGUGAUUUUUUUUUCUCUUGGAAAGUUUUUGUAGAUAUGCUGUUAUUGAUGACAACACAUAGGAGAGUUUGGAACAACUUUUCUUAGUCCAUUAAAUAAACAAAAAUAACAAACAAACAAAAAGAUACACAAUCAAAAUGACAUCAUAUGCAAAUUUCUGUAUUAGUUUAAAUUGGCCAGAUUUUAGUUAGUUGCUUGUAUGAAUUAAAUUUUUUAGGUCAUUCAGUCAAUGUAAUACUCGCAGACAAGUGACUUACCACUGAUUACAUGUUUUAGUGAUAUGCAUAAAAUUAACUGCCAGUUGUAAUUUUUGUUAGCAUAGUUCUUUGCUUUUGGAACUUCUGUAAUAGGUUUAGAUGCAUUUCUAACAAACUGUAUGAUGAUUUGUGCUUUCACAUUACCGGUAUGAAUUUUUUCUUGGUAUACAUCCUGGUGGAGUGUUAUUUAUUAUUUUUGAUAUACAGUUUCUUUAUAGAUGCCAUUAUGUUGAAGUGAGUUAAUAAUGGACAGUGCUACAAGAAUUCAUUGUCGUAUAUCUUUUAUAGUAUUAGGUACCAUAACAGAAUUAAUAUAAAUUUGGUUGUAUACCCUUGUAUUACUGAGUUUAUUAUUCAUGGUAUAUGCUAAAUAAAGGGUUAGAGAAAAUGAAAGGAAUAUAAUGAUGUUCUUUAAUGGCUGAUAUACAUUGUAUUUUACUGCUGCACUUUAUAAAAUGGAAAACUGCUAAAUUAGUGACUACAUAACAGCAGCAAGGGUGUCAUAAAUCAGCCUGAAUAUCGUACCUCACAUAACUAUAGUCGUAUCAGCAUUUAAAUUUUUGCAUUGUGUAACAAAAGAGGGAAAACAUUGCUAGUUUCUAUACUGCCAGUCAGCUAAUUUGAAAAUGUUAAAGAGAUGAUUCAUUUCUAAAAGAUCUAAUGUGGUUCCUCCUAUCUGAUAUUUAGCCGAGUGAUGGACUUGUAAAAGUUUAGUAAUACUGGGAAAAAUAGUGAGUGUGAUAUAAUGAGCAAUAUUUGUAUAAGAACCAUUAAUAAUUUGAAGAGGUUUUAUUAUAGUGUUGGGCAUCAUGAUUUGAAAAUUGUAGCAUAUUUACUCAGAAGUGAGUGCAUUUGAGGGAACUUCAUUUUAUUCAUUGGGAAUGUUACCAUCCAUUUAUAUAACUAGGAUUUAUUAAACGUUCAUAUGAGAGAACUAUAGUGAAUGUACAGCUUUGGAAGGUGUGAAGCAAAAUGAAUAAAAGGGAAUACCAUACAUACCCAUGAUGGUAAGGCCCUUAAAUAUCGUGCUUUUAGAAUUUGGAGAAAGAAAUGGAAUUUAGAGUUGGAGAAGUGAUACAGCAAAGUCCUAGAUAUUCAUGUGAUGAAAAAUAUUUUGUAUAAUUUUACAUUUUCAUAGGAAAGAAGAGUAGCUGUCUCCCUUUUUUUUUAAGAUAAAAUACUAAAAUUGAGAUAUUCAAAUUAAGUUAUAUAUACAGAAAUUAAAGAUACCUUUCACAAGGUUACCAUAUACUGGAUAACAAACCUAGCAAACAGGAUUGAUCAUUAAAUCAAGAUAUGGAUUUUGUAGAGGUAUUUGAGUCACAGACAUUAUUAAGGAUAAUAGAAAACAAUAUUGAUAAAUAUCUGAAAAUAUCUUUCUCAUGUACAUAUGUAUUCAUUCUGAGAAAGGAGGAUAUACCAUACUUGGAGUUGGUUUUGUAAUUGAAAGUAGUGAAAUAGUAAAAAGCAGUGAGUUAUUAAGAAUUUCUUAAGAUAUUGUGAAGUGAUGAAGAUACUAAUAUAUACAUAAAAAUCACAAGCAAUUUUGUGUUGUAAUAAAAUGUAAGUUUACAUGACAGCUUUUGUAUGUAAGAUGGAUAGUCUUUAGUUGGGGUUAGCUUUGCAUGCCUGCCUUUGAAAGAUGAUCUCUUACCAAUAUAUCCUUGGAAUAUACUUCAUAUUUUACUUUGGCUUGUCGUUUGGAAUUGCAUACUUGGAGAUAGCUCAGUUUUGAAAUUUCCCUUUUGUGUCAGAUGUUAUAGUGGUUGAUAUUGAAAUAGAAAACUGCUAAUGCAGUUUUCUCAAGUAGAUUCUGCACUAUUUGAUCUCAUUGGUCAAUAGCUUGUCCUUUAGCACAGGAAUUAAGAUUUAUCAUACACAAAAAAUUCUGCAUAGGUGAAUAGUCUAUUUUUGCUGUCAGAACUUAAAUGCCAGUAACAAGGUAUCAGUAUUUAGCAUAUGGUGUUGUAGUGUUCACAUUUGAUAUUGAAUUGUUUGAUUCUAUGGAAAGUUUGAGAUUUGUGGUAACUAGAAAAAAAAAUGAAGAUGAUUUUCUUCGUAUUUUAUAUUUAGUGCAUUUAGCAUAUAGAGUACUAGAUGAGAAGAACUGUGCUUAGAGAACAGACAACCUAAUUUUGCAUAGAAUUUGAGAUGAAUUUUAAUGUUUUUGUGUAGCAAAGGUUUCCAUGUCUUCCUAAAGCUUAUGUAACUUGUGCUGCAGUGUUUUCCCUCUAAUGUUGCAUAGCAAAUUAUCAUCAUGCAUUUUUAUUAAUAGUUUUAUGCAUUGGAUAAUUAAUUACUUUGUUUUCCAGAGGGUUAUUUAGAAGUAAAAAUGAAUAAUAUUUUCUGGCAGUUUGUUGAUGUGUAGGUAGAUAUUCAAAAAAUAACUUUUUCCUUAUAUUUCUAUAUUGUUUUACUAUCUUUAUUUAAAAUAAGAUAACAUUUUGGUGCUUAGUUGUAUGUGAUAACUUUUUUUAAAAAUUCUUUUUGUUUACUAGGCUGUUUAGGAGAGGCAUGUAUGUGUUAACCAAAAUAGUGUGAUUUUUAUUAGCUUUUUUAUGAAGAAAUUAUGUUGAGCAUAUUACAAGUUAAUGUUGUUUAAUAGCUCCCAUUGAGUUUCAUUAAAGAAGAAGAAGAAGAAGAAGAAGAAGAGAAGCCACUAGAUGGAAAGAUGUCUGCAUCAGAAUAUUUCUCUAUUUUGUUCUGUUUAUAAGUUUUCUUUAAUUUAUUUAUACACUGCUAAUAAUCAUAGCUGUUGAUGUGGCAGAUAAUUUUUAAAAAUCAAAUCAAGUAGUUUAUUUAUAGUUUGCCACUGAAUCUAUCAGCAUAUUUGACCUUACCAUUAAUAAAAGCACAGCAAGCUGCCAAUAUAUUUAGUACCCAGUGGAUGGUGAAAAAGUAAGUAUAAUACUAUUUAGUAUAAUACCCUGAUAAAAACAUAUCCAUUCUAUUUCAUUCAAUAGAGAAGACCAAAAAGCAAAAUGCCUAGAGAAGCUUUAAAAUUUUAUAGAUUUUUACUUAAUAGGAUUCAUAUGCUAAAGAACCAUAGACCAAAGAUAUAUUUUCAUACAAUGCCUCCCAUUAAAAGCUGGUAAUAAUAACUGAUUAACACUAUUUCUUUUACUCUUUUCUUAAAUGGAACACUGAAAGACAGGAUUAAAAAAGUUGCUCAGAAAGUCCAAUUCUCUUUUAGCAUCUUUUGGCCCAUGUGUGUUUGAGAGGCAAAUUAAUUACAGUUAUCAAACAACAUGAUGUAUUACAAGGUUAUUGUCACCAGUUUAUAUAUCUAUUCUUUUGCAUAGUAAUUUAUUAAAAGUGUAGAUGCAACCUCCUUUACUGAACAACUUACCAUCAGCCAUAUGGCAGUUAUAGUUUGAAUAAUGUCUUGCUCUUCACCAGUCAUGAUAUUUUAAGAUUAUGUUCUUCCUUCCACUGGUGUUUUCUUCAGGUUAUUUUCUAUGUAUGGUGUUCUGUGUUUACAUCAUUGUUUUACUGUUAAUGAAAACAAGUGAGCUAAUUUGUUAAUAUUUUUGUUUGUUACCAUGUUAAGAAUAAUUAAUGUUUUGUUUAGGAGGAUUAAUAAAUUGUAAAGAACGAAAUACUGAUGUGUAAUCCUGUGUUUCAUUUAAGUUUAGAAAUACAAAAUGAAUGUACUUCAGUAUUAGUGUUUGGGCAUAAAUUGGUGGCAGCAAA